CGUAGGGCCCAGUGGCAGGGACCAAUUCGGCUUCUACCUCCUACGUGCGGUGCUUUCCUGAUUUCCUCUAGUCCGUCGGCGAAUCCUGAACUCACGUUCAAAGGAGAAGAGUGGCGGCGGCGGCGUCUGCGCAACGGCGUAGCUCUCCCUCUGUCCCGCCGCGCGCGCCUCGCCGCCUUGCCCGUCGUAGUAUUUGCGCUCGUACGCUCCUGAUCCAGCUCAAAGGGGGACAUGUCGGCGUCGGAUCUUCCCGACGAGCUGUGGGCGCGCGUCCUGGAGCUGGGCGCUGCGUCGUCCGCGCUGGGGUUUCGCGACCUCUGCUGCCUCGCCAUAGCCUCCCGCCGCCUCGGACGCCUCUCCCUCCACCCCGCCCUCUGGUCGGCGCUCUUCUCCCGCGACUUCCCCUCCCAAUCCCAACCCUCGUCCUCGUCCUCGUCCUCCACCUCCCAGCAGCAGCAGCAGCAGCAGCAGCUUCACCCGAAAUCCCUCUACAAAACCAAGUUCGAGAGGCACAAGGUGCGGAUCGCGGAGGCGAGGCGGCGGGCGGUGUUCGAGGCGGAGGCGCGGGUGCUUGCGUGCAGGAGGCGGCUGGCAGAGCUGGAGGAGUCGAUGCGGGCAGAGGGGGAGAAGAUGAAAGCUGCUGCGCAGGAGCUGGACAACCUCGAGAGGGUCAGGAGAGCUUCUGUGGCAUUAAAUGUAUGGCAACCACAAGUUGUUCAUGGUCGCCAGAAGCAGUUGGUUCAGCAAUGCACGGUUCCUGUUGAUUCUCGUCUUAGUGAUCUAAACAUGGAGCUGAAAGUUUGUAAGCAACAAAUAGCAACUUAUAAGAACAGUUAUAGCAAGGAGAAGCACAAGCUGAAUGAGUAUGAGGAAGCAUUGAAACGAGCAAAAUAUCAUCCUCUGCAGGAUAGUCAUACAAGCGGAAUUAUCAAGGAACCACGUGCAAAAAGGAAGAAGCUGAAGUAAACUUUACUGUUUGCCUUCAGGUCCUAUACUAUCUCAAGAUAGCAACACCUGCGCGGCAGUGACGGCACCAAGCGAAUGCAUCCAUCUAGGAGGAAGGUGCUGAUUUAUCGCAGAUUGGACAGCACAUCAAGGUUUCAUGCGUUCGGUUCGGUUUGCUGUCCAUGUGCAAUUGUGCAUGAUGCAAAAAUGUGGCCGUGGCAUUCUUCCUUGCUACUUUGCCAAGCACGAGGAUGCUGUGCUAGGAAGCAUCUAUGGUGUUUCCAUGUUGCUGAAAGAAUCUCGUUCACCUAUGUUGCACACCGUCCACCGGCUGGAUGAUUCUGUUGUAGAAAGUUGCCGACUAUUCUAUCACAGAAUAAUCUGGCGUUGAUGCUUAUCCGGUUAUCCCUUCGCGAAGCUGUGGGCUGUGGAGCAGCCAGAUUUGACUUUGAAAAGUGUAACUUGUAAGCAACUACGCAUCUUGUAUUCCAUCCGUAUGUAGACGCUUAUUUAUUUUCCAUUACUUGAAAUUGAAAAGAAACGUAUCUGUAUGUAUCUCUCGCUUUAUAUGCUCCUGGGCUUAUAUUAGAAAAGUGAACGAAUUAUUUGUU